AACAAAACUCUUCUUCGCACUUGUAAAUUGUAAAGCAAAUUCCUGUUUGAUUUGCUAGACAUUUCCACAGAGCAUGGAAAUCGACGGUGCGGUGGUGGUCGAGAAAGUUGCAGGAAAAUCCGCCGUCACCAGAUGCUUUUCUAAGUACCCCCUCAAAUUCAUCAUUCCCAGAAAGGUUGGUCCCUCCAAAACGGAUGCUAUUUGGAUUUACAGCCUCAAUUAUGGCGGUGGCAUUGUCUCUGGAGAUUCAAUUUCGUACGAAUUGACCGUUAAAAAUGGUUCCACUGCAGUCCUAACCACUCAGGCUUCUACUAAGGUAUACAAGUCCAAGGGAGAAGUGUGCUCUGAACAAUUAUUCGAGGCAAGGAUUGGUAGUGAUGCCCUUUUGGCUGUACUUCCAGAUCCGGUUACAUGCUUCGCCACCGCAAGGUAUGCACAGAAACAAGUCUUUCGAGUUGAUUCAGGCUCUAGUUUGGUUCUUGUUGAUUGGUUUACAAGUGGGCGCCAUGGAAGGGGAGAAAUUUGGGAAUUUGAUCUUUUCAAGAGUAGUAAUCAAAUAUUUCUAGAAGACGGCCAUCCAUUAUUUUUUGAUACGGUUCUUCUAGAGCGAGGAAGCACCAACUCUAUAAUAGAACGCAUGCAUGGAUAUCAAGUCAUUGCAAUGGUUGUAAUUUUGGGGCCAAAGGUCAAGAACAUUCGAGACCAAGUUCGAGAAAACGUGAAAAAGAUUAUGAGUGAACAAUUACACUCUCCUUUCACUUCUGCCCAUGGCGCACAAAUGAAAAUGAACUCUGAUCAUUUGUCGACCAAACCUCGAAUCAUGGCUUCUUCCAGCGUUUUUGGCCCCAUGGGAAUUGGCACCGUUGUUAGAAUAGCUGCCAUGGAAACUGAAACGGUCUACAGGUUCCUUCAGCAACAGUUAGCUUCAAUGGAGACACUUCUUGGAGUGCCACCUUAUAAAUGAGAAGCAUACCAAAACUUUUGGGCUUAAGCAUUCAAGGUGAGAUCGUGGUUGCUGAGUUGAUUUGAGUCAUUAGCUGUGAAUAUUCCAAGUGUUUUACUGAUCUUUGAACACGAGUCAUUUCCUUGUGAUGGAGCAAUAAUAACUAAUAAGUGGAAUAUUGUAUGUGGAACUUAACAUCAAUAAAAGUGAAGAACACAAGCCCAGGGUAGGCAGCUGUCUUGUGGAAUUGGAGCCUAUGAAAGCUAUAGAUUAGUGUUGUUUUGGUGCUUCCAAUCCGUGCAACGGUGGAAUAUUGUUUAGAGUCUAUGAAAGUUGUAGUCUGGUCUGGUUUUACAUUAUGUGUAAAACUUUAGAAAUGACGUUUUGUAUGGUGCAAAUUGUUAGAAAUGGAAAACUUCAAGCUUUUAGAAACAA